AUGGAGCGUGAGGACUAUUCCAGCACCGGUUACAACUACAGCGGGUCUUACCCCCCUCGCGACCCCCUUUCUAGUGAGAGCAAACGAAAAAUAUCCGGAUACACAAAGUACCUAUACGGAGACGUCCAUAUAGGCGAUUAUAGCUCAAGUGUCCCUAAAUACAACGACAUCGGCAAGGCUACCGCAGCUGCUGCAAGCUCUGCUGCUUAUAAUACCAUGCUAGACUCAUACGAAAAGCUCGAUUCAGGAAAGGACUCCACUUUUCUCGACUAUGAUCAGCAUGAGACCCUUGGACCGCUAGCAGUUGAUGCUAAAAAUAAAUUUCAAGAGACUUCUAGACUCCGCAAGAUAUUCAAUAAGGAUCACAUCGGCCGACGAACCCGACAAUCCUACCUUGGGCAUGUUGAGGCGGCGGAGUCCGCAGCGGAUGCAUGCGAUGGACAUUGGUUGAGCUCUGAAUUCCAUUAUGGGGCUAUCGGCGAAGAGGCGCCAAUGCAUUCCGAUGAUGAGCUGUGGUGA